AUGGCAAAUCAAGAGUUUAAGCAGGAAGGUCGUCGACAAAAACCCGACAGUAGAAGCUCAACUUUCGCACUCGUUCGUGUUCUUCGCCCUGAGAGCUUCAUAACUCUUGCACCAAAUGAUAGAAUGAUGUUAAUUGUUCUUUGUGUUGUAAGAAAAGCUUCUAAAGCUUACACGAGCGGCGUCGUUCUAGUCUAUACUCCGAACACUAUUUUUGAGACGGGCGACGGAAUCCGUCUUGGACCGAACAAGCUGAUUCGAGUUGGAGUAAUUGGAAAUUUCAAAGAAGAAUUUGAAUGGAAGAAGUUAAAGUUGAACACGAGCCAAGAGAAAAGAUUUUCAAGAUUUUUAAAGAGUUCAUGGCUAGCAUUCAGCGUUGGACAGCUCGAGGAAUUGGGGACUCUUGGAAGCCAGUUGCUUUCUGGCGUUCAGCAAGGACUUGAGCUUCUUCGACGACCUGCGAUAAACAGAACAUCAAAGUUGAUCGAGAAUGUUGUUGAAACUAACAAUACGGAGAGUCUUAGAUCAUACUUUGAAGCUGGAUGCAUCACUACUCAUGACGGGUUGCAAAGUUCAAAGAAGUUGCAUACGUGCCGGGUUGGACUGGAUGAUCAUUUGAAAAAAGUGAGGAGCUUAACCAAUGAACUCGAGCGCCUACUCGAUGAUGUAAAUAUUGCAUUGGAAAUGGAAAAUCGCCUGUGCGCUUCAACGGUCUCAGAUGAAGAUGAGGAUGUAGAAUUGAAUGAUGAAGAAGCAACCAUUCCUGAUAAGAAACCUGAUGCUAACGAAUAUGCUUUGUUAAUGGGGAUCAUCAAAGUUAUGGUCAAGAAAGAUCACAUAAUGCAGGAGAAGAUUAUUUCUGGUCUAAGCCUCAAAUCAUCCUCUGGGGAACUCGAAACAUACCGCCUAAUGUGGUCGUUACGACCAUAUAUAGAUGACGAAAUUUUGAAACGAGCUUGGAAACUCAUUCCAUGAAUUGUGUUCGUUCAUAUUUUGCAAUGAGAAUAAACUGUGGGCCCCACUCGAACAUCUCGUGUAAUUUCAUUCC